UCGUUCCACUGCCCUCUUCUAGUUCACUAUAACCAUACUUCGUGGAUCACAGCCACUGUGUGUGUGAGAAAGAAGAAGGUCGUGUGGCACGUAGAAGAAGAACGGUCUUUGGAACACAAAACGCGUGUUUGCGAUCACAGUGAUUGGAGACAAAAUAUGCCUGCCUGGAGACAGAGGGAUGUUCUACCUCUUUCAUCACCAUCAGCGUUAUCACCAGUGUCAACGACGCUGGAAAUAAUCAACCCGCCGAAUUCGUGGAGACCCAUCGUGGUCGCCAUCGUGUCCGCCGUAACCAUAGGACUUUUCAUUGCGCUGGGGACACUCGUCUACAAGCUGCUGCUGCGCCCAUCUCGACCGCAGUCCUCAGACGUCAUCGUGUGUCAAACCGAAUCGUGCAAGCAGUACGGUCAGCAACUCGCCUCCUCAGUAGACCUCCUGGUGGAUCCCUGCGAAAACUUCUACUUGUACAGCUGCGGCAACUGGAAGAGGGAACACUCAUCAUCCGUGUUCCGGGAGCACAUGGACCUAUUCGUAGACAAUCUGGCGAGUGACCUCGGCUACCGUGACGUUCCUGUGUCCGACCAGAACACGGAGCAGAAGGCUUCCAAGUUCUUCAAGACAUGCCACGCUGCGGCGACCGAACCAAACAGCAGAGAAGACGAACACUUUCGUACAGUUCUUCGUGAAGCAGGUGUGACAUGGCCUCACUUUUCACUGGCGCCAAAUGUGUUGCUCACCAUGUGGAACAUCUACAACAUUCUAGACAUCCAGACCUUGCUCGUGAUGCGCCCCGAUGACCACUACAAACGUCAUAUCUUGUUGAAACCACCGGCAGCCCUAACUGACCUCCUCAGUCGAAAACAGCUCCUCGAACGAGAGCAGCGAGACAUGCGCGUCUACAAGUUCUUUGCAAAUGCAUUUCGGUCAGACGAAAACGGUUCCGUUCUUGCUAUGUCUUUCGAAGAGUUUCGCUCCUUGGAAGAGCGAAUCCUACUUCGCCUAAUUCCAGCCUCAGUACACGGCACGUCGAAAUCAGCUUCAUUCGCAAACAUCGAAACAUAUUUUCCCGCUGCGAAACGCGAGAACUGGAAACAGGUACUUCAAGCCGUUGACGUCGUUCAGCAUAGCGAGGAUGCUUUUGUUGCACUAAUAGAAAGUCAAGAGUACUUGAGAACACUGAGUGACGUUAUACGAACAGAAAGUGAACGAGCGGUCCAUCUCUACGUGGGCUGGAUUGCAGUUCAAGCACUUGCACGAUAUAUGGACCACGAGUUUGCAGCAGAGUAUGACGGUAGCGAAGCUCGAACAGAACACAUCGCCACUGCGGAGUGCCUGAGGAUGACUGAGAAGCGUUUGGGGUGGGCUGUUUACUCCGGGUUCGUCAGAAACAAAAUGAGCAACGCUCUUAUUAAUGACCUCAAAGCAAUGUUUCAAACAAUAUACACUGCCUAUUUGAAUAUAAUUUCGAGCAGCGUCUCACUAGAUUUCAACGCGACUUUAGCAGCCAAAGGCUCGAACACGGAUGCCUUCUUGCGACACUACGAGACUUUUCUGAACAAAGGUGUUUUUAAAAAUAUCUACUCGAGGUUCCCGGAUAUGAACUCGACAUUCUGCGCAAACUGGAUUCGAAGCGUUCAAUGCGUCAGGAGUAUCGGUACCAGCAGGUGGGCACAUGCCCAAACAUUCUUCAUAGAUGAUAUCAGAGAGGGUUACUAUUCUUUCGGAAGGGAAGAUAUUAUAGUUCCUCCCUACGUCAACAUGUAUCCACUAUACGAGAGCUAUUUGCCUUACAGCGUAAAAUACGGAGCCUUGGGCUCUGUUGUAGCCAUUGCACUGACUAAGAACUUCGUUUCGACAAGUAAAUCGACGGACUAUCACGUAAACGAGACAGUGCAGUGUCUGGGAAGGACUUCUACAUACAGUUCGACGUUAAGGAACCUAGAUAGCAAGGAUGUUGCAUCAGGGACUGCGUUGGUGGAUUUUCUUUGGAACGCCUACCAAUCAGCGGCGGCUUCAACGGACGAGAAGAACAUUCGGCUACAUGAGUUCACAGACCACACGGCGAACCAAACGUUCUUUGUGACCUUCUGUCAUCUUCGAUGUUCGAACCUGAACGAUAACGCAGAGGCAUAUUGUAACGAAGCUCUGCGGCAGAGUCAAUUCUUCUCCGAAUCAUUUCUCUGUCCAAGAGGAACGCGAAUGCACCCCAGGAAACGGUGUCAGCUUUUCGACCAAUUUCCUGAGAUAUGACGUCGAGAAAUUUGCACCACGGCAAACCAAAGAACUUAACCAGGAACGCGUGAUGUUGUUCUUCGCCGCAUGCCGAGGUAUAUCCGACGAGCUUUGGUAUGAAUUUUCUUUUGAUUCUUUCGUAGCGACCUUAUUUUCAAAUAAAUGUUUGUUGAAGCA